AUAGUAGGUCAUUCCAUGGGUGGUCUUGUUGCAAGAGCAUUGCUCACUCUAAAGAAUUUUAAGCCUGAAUUUAUAAACCUCCUCAUUACACAAGCCACACCUCAUGUUGCACCUGUAAUGCCUUUAGACAAAUAUCUUACUGAUUUUUAUACAGCUGUAAACAAUCAUUGGAUUUUAAAGGCCCAAGAUGUAAGAAAUCUAACUACGCUUUCUGUGGCGGGAGGAUUCAGAGAUUACCAAGUUCGUUCAGGACUCGCUUUUCUACCCAGAUUAAGCCAACAUAGCCGUGCCUUAUUUGUUGUGAGCUCAGCAGUGCCUAGAACUUGGGCCUCAACAGAUCACCUCUCUAUAGUGUGGUGUAAAGAAUUGAUCUUGGCAACCAUUAGGGCAUUUUUUGAUCUUAUUGAUGAAACCACCAAACAGAUCACUGAGGAUCCAAAGAAGAGAAUGUUAGUAUUGAAUCAUCACUUUGUGAGGCACCCAGCAAAGUUCUUUGAGGAAGAUCCUGAAACACUUACUGCACUUAAAGGAACUUUGAUUUGGAUGAAAAUCAAAUCCUCAAAAUGGACCUAUACAGUUUACAAUGAAUCUGAUGGAAAAUAUUUCAUGUUUCCUCUUUCAAACCACAGAAAAACCUACAGUCAUGUCCACUGUCAAAACAGUAUGUUGGAUACAAGUAGCUGGAUUUAUGGCUGUUUAGACAAUAAUUCAUCUAUGUGCCUGGAAGGUUUUGAUUUAUCCUGGAAAGCUGAGUUACUGCCAACUGUUAAGGUUGUAACUCUGAAACUCCAGGAAUAUCCUUCUUUGACCAAUCUUGUAGUUUAUGUUCCAGCUAUUAAUGGCAAUAAGUUUACUUUGGACUGUGAAUUCUUUAAAGAGGAUUCCCGAACAGUACAACUUCCUGUAACACAUCUUUUUUCUUUUGGGCUUUCUUCAAGCAAAAUUGUAUUAAAUUCAACUGGUUUAAUUUACAAUGUACAGCUCCAACACUUCGGCCAGAUAUACCAAGCUUUUAAUAUCUACAUUGAGAGCCACUGCCAACCACACAAAGGAAGAAAAACUAGUGUUUACAGACUCCACAUACCAUGGUCACAUGAAGACUCAAUAACUGUCUCUAAAGUUCCAUCUUUUACUGAGAUUUCUGCAAAACUGCACAUUGCACAACCUGAAAAUGACAGCACUGUUGCAGUAUUAAAUAUUUAUUCAUCUUCAGAUUGUCAAUAUGAAGUAACCAUCAAGACCUCAUUCUCACAAGUUCUUGGGCAAGUAAUAAGGUUUCAUGGUGGUUCCCUUCCUGUGUAUGUAAUUUCUAAUAUGCUUCUUGCAUAUGGAGGACAAUUAAGCGCCUUAAUUUCAACAGGCCACUGUUCAGAUUUUGUUCUUGCACUGGGUAGAGCAGCCAAACCCUACAAAGUGGACCCUUUUGUGAAUGUUGUUAAAUUUCUAUUGGGGUUUAACUGGUUUAAAGAUAUAUGGAAUGUAUUGUUUUUGCCAGAGUUGGAUGCUGUUUUACUGAAUAAGCAGGAUAUGUGGUUCCCCCUUGUGUCCCUGAUUCUAUUUCUUUUUGGGACAGGAAUUGCCUACUGGGGUGGCAUACUCUUCUCUUCAUCUCUAAGGCUCUUGUCUUCAUUGUGGUUAUCUUUGACAAGACCCUCUGGACUUCCUAAAGACAGCAAGUUGAUGACACCAAGAAGAGCAUUUAUGGCCAUUCUUCUGGUUUUUGUUAGCUGUACCACUUGUGGGGCAUUUGCUAUAUUAAUUAUCUAUCUUCACUACAUCUUCAAGGUUAUCAAGCUACAUUCGAAUGUAAGAAUAGAGCAAAAUGUUCUUAAUAUGGAUCCAAAGCACUCAAAAGAAACUUCAGAUAAUUCCAAUAAAGAGACAGUAAAGAACUGUGAUUCAGCAGAGACCAUUACAGAAGCAGCAGCAGCGUCACCCACCACCAAUACAGCUAUUGACAAUGUUGUAAACAGUCUUAAGAUACAUGUUACAAUCAUCAAUUUACUCACAUGGAUUGUGCUACUCAGUUUACCAUCUUUAAUUUAUUGGUUUAAAAAUCUCAGGUACAAUAUUAGACUUGAUCCUGAUCCAUGUAGAACUAUGGCUAUUAUUCUUGUAUCCACUUUGGGAAUUCUCAUGAAUUCAAGUACUACUAAAGUAAAAUCAAGUAAACUGUCGAAAAUUGCAGCACAACUUCCUCUUCCUUUGUCUGUAGCUGUGGUGGCCUUUGGACCAAUGCAUUUAUACAGAGUACCAUACUUUGUAAUCUGUUCUCUUCUUCUACAUGUGUUAUGUUGUAUUGUGUAA